UCCCAGCAUCCCAGCCCUCCUCCCGCACCCGCAAUUCCCAGCCAGGCCCGGCCCAUUCCCAAAGGCCGAGCCCGGCCAACUGGAUCUGAUCCCGGCCUCUUCCCACCUCCUAGGAAUUGCCCUGGGACCAGGGACACGAGAAGCAACCCUCUCCCUCCUAAGGAAAAGUUGCAGCUCCGAGGUAUCCUUCUCCAACUUUCCUUUACGGGCAUCUCCCUGGAUUCUAGUUUGACUUGACUUCGACACCCUGCUCGCUUUGGGAUGGACUGAUGAUCCCGGCCUCUUCCCACUUCCUAGGAAUUGCGCUGGCACCAGGGAGAGGAAAAGCAACCCUCUCCCUCCUAAGGAAAAGUUACAGCUCCCAGUGUGACUGCAUUGACCAUGCUGUCAUUUUAACGAUUAAUGUUUGACACAAAAUCUAGACCUCAUUACCCGAGUAGGUUGUCAGCGAACGAGACAACAACUCAAAAGGAACUUCUACUUGAUAAAGGAAUUUUAAUGAGGAAGGGAAGCGGGUGAGAAUUCAUCACAGAUCAGAGGGCCAACGUUGCAUUUUGAGGUUGAAUAAACAUGGAUGUAUACAGCAAACUGAUUACUGGUAUUGUUAUUGCCAGCGUUUUCCUAUUUCAACUACUUUUCCAUGUUUUCAGUCCUUGGUUUUCAAGAAAACUAACUCCAAGUUUUGACAAUCUCAACCAAAAAAGGAAGAUUGAAUGGAACUCAAGGGUAGUGUCCACAUUCCAUGCUUUGGUGGUUGGUUUUUUUUGCCUGUAUAUUUUAGUUUUUGAUGAACCUACUAAGGCCGAUCCACUUUGGGGUGAUCCUUCAGUUGUAAAACUGAAUAUUGCUAUGACCUCAGGCUACCUCAUUUCUGAUUUGUUGCUUUUAAUUUUCUACUGGAAGGCUAUUGGUGAUAAAUUUUAUGUAUUUCAUCAUGUUGCAGCUCUAUAUGCUUACUACUUUGUACUGGUACAAGGGAUGCUGGCAUAUAUGGGUAAUUUCCGUCUGCUUGCAGAGUUCUCUACUCCUUUUGUGAAUCAGCGGUGGUUCUUUGAAGUGCUGAAGUAUCCCAAAGCUUCAAAAGCUAACAUCAUCAAUGGCAUACUAAUGACUGUAGUAUUCUUCAUUGUAAGAAUUACAGUUAUCCCUUCUUUUUAUGGCUAUAUUUUGGCUGCAUUUGGAACGGAAGCGUACAACAGACUAGGAUUCGGGGCCCAAAGUGCUUGGAUUGGCUCCAGCUUUGUUUUGGAUGUUAUGAACGUCAUGUGGAUGGUCAAAAUUACCAAGGGGUGCCUCAAAGUCAUUCUUCUCAUCAGAAAGGAGGAAGCCAAAGGACAAGAAAAUGGAAAAUUUGACUGAAAAUGGGACACGGAAGAACGAACUACUUGAUUACAGAUAUUUAGGUUCAGUGGAAUUAUGCGCCUUUUGGCCACAAAUCCUUUUUUUAAUGGAAGUACGGUUUGACCUCUUUUUGCAGGUCUUUCCCUGGCCUCAUUGCCCGCACAAGAAGGGGCCCCUUGAUUUCAAGGUGAUCCUAUUGAACCGUCUGGGGGAGCAGUGAACUAAAGCAAGCUCUGUAGUGAGGACCCCAAAAGUGACGCAUAGCUGAAGAUGUGAAGCACUUAAAAAACAAAAGGCUAUCUUAAAGGGAAUUAGCAAGUUAGUACUUGGACUUGGAUAAUAUGGUCCCGAAUAUUUUUACUCAGGUUAGUCCAAGUAAUGUGGUCCAACCCUGUGAAUAUCAGGAACUAACAUUUAAGUUCUGUUGACAAGCAUGUUCUCUACUUUUUAUUUGUUAGAAUCAUUAAUCAAGAUUUUAUUGCCAACAUCCAUUUUUUAACUUUAUGAAAGACUAAUGAAAACUUUUAACUUUUAUUCUGAGAUCUGGGUUUUGCUGCCUUGCAUGCAUGGAUACAAUUUAAGGGGUUUAAAAGGACAAUUUAGAGCUACAGUGAGGAGUCUAUUUCUGAAUUCUGUUAUCUGCAAUGGUAUUUUGUCCGUGAAUUUAUGAAGUGCACCCAAUUUUAUCUGUUAAUUCUUCUGACAGAAUUUUGAUCACCUUUAGCACUGUAAAUAGAGCCCUUUUACAGCACUAUUUUCUUGUUUGGCACUCUUCUUCUUGUCUAUCAACAUUUGCCUGUGAUUCGGCUUCUAAUUUUGGUAUUAAUCAAAGGACUCUGGAACGCGGGUAGGUCAUUCUAAGGCACAAUUUCUGGGAGAGGAAAUGAGUAGGUAAUACCUUAGUCACGGAUAACCUUACAUUUUAUUGUUGAAUCCUUCAGGUGUCUAGAGAUUUGUGUUGUGCUCAUUUUGAACUUUUUUUCUCGUUAAAAUUUGAAGGGUUUUUUUUUCCCUUUUUUAUGGUAUUGAGUACUUACUAUGCGCCAGG